GCCACACAGGCUUCCGUAGAAGCAGGAAGCAGUUCCGUCGUCUUUUAAGACCUUUCGUGGUCCUGUUUUCAGCUAAUUUUUUGAAAGGAAAUAAGAGCUUUUGCUGAGGUUACAGAUGGGUGACAUCCGUCAGUCAUUGCUGCCUCGGGAUGUGCUGAGUGCAGCCAAGGAGCUGCUGUACCACCUGGACAUUUACAUCUGUAACCUGGUGCAGUCUGGGAGGCAGCCUCCUCAGGUUGACUCAAAAACCCUGGAGCUGGUUGAGGAGUUCAUUCUACAUGCACCCAAAGAUAGAAACACCACAGCCAGGAGAAUGAGUGCUCUUCAGGAGCUCCAGCUGUUGGAGAUCAUGUGCAGCUGUUUUCAGGAGCAGAGUCGUGAUGCUGUCCGUCAACUUAUGUUUGCUGCCCUUUUUAAUCUCCAAGGCAACCAGGCAGAUGAAAGCCGCAUGGCACUGCUGGGCAAAUUGGUCUCCAUGGCUAUCGCUGUGGGCAGGGUUCCUAUCCUGGAAUGUGCUGCUACCUGGUUGCAGAGAACCCAUCGUGUGUACUGCGUACGCUUGGCGCAGGUGCUGGUAGAUGAUUACUGCAGUAUGGUCCCAGGCUCUGUGCCCACCCUGCAGAAUAUCCACAGUGCAAGCCCACGCUUCUGCUGCCAGUUCAUCACUGCUGUCACCACUCUCUAUGACUUCACUUCAGAGGAGCUCACCCCCCCACUCGAACUCCUCCAGAUGAUAGUAUCGUGGAUUCAAGAUGACCCUCAUCUAGUCCUGAUCACCUUCCUGAACUCGCCCAUUUCCGGCAGCCAACCGAUCACCUCGCUCGAUGUCACACCGUUAGGGGGUUUGGUGCGCUGGUGCAUAAAAGCACCGCUGGUCUAUAGCAGAGACAAGAAGCAGGCGCUGACCAAUGGAAGCUCUGAGAAUGAGCCAGAAGUAGGGCCUCUCUUCUCUGCACUCCAUUUAAGUGUCCUACAGGUCUUAAUGCUUUUGCCCAACAUACUCAACGAGAAGGGGCUUUUUGGUCGCCUGGCACUGCUUCAGAUGGAGUCCUUGGCUGCUCUGACGUCCGAUCUUUCCCGACUUUUGGACCAGGCUGACAAACACACGCACACGUCCUCCGCUGAUACACUUGCACUGUCCCAGCUGGCCCUCGACCGGCUGGCCCAAGCCCUGCAGGUGGCCAUGGCCAGCGGAGCCCUGCUCUGCUCAAGAGAGGACCUGAGGGCCAUCUGUUCCCGACUCCCCCACAACAAUCUGCUCCAGUUGGUGCUGUUUGGCCCGGUGAUGUACUACAACAACAUCCACACAUCUCCGCUGGCCUAUAGUCCGCACGCCGCUCAUUCACCCAUCGCCCCGCUCCCUGCACUCCCCACACACCGCGCACACACCCCGCAUGCGCCACUUGCCCCACACCCUUCCUCUCACCCUCAGUACCCAGCUCAGCCCUUUAUGACAGGGAUGCCGUUCCCCUUCCGACCCAGCCACUGAGAGAAAAAUCCCUCAAACCACUGGCAGAUGUUCAUGUGGACAUUUGGUAGUAUGAAGUGAGUGUUUGUGUGCGUGGAUUAAUAUGUGUGUUUGUGUAACUAGGGUUUAUUGUCUGAUGUUAUUAGCACCUUUGCUUCUGAGAAAGUCUGUGAGGCUUACAUGUUUGUCCAAUAAAUAUUUUUUUACCUCCA